GGGAAACUCAGCAUCCCCGAAAGUAUGAUCGAUUAUGGAAUACACGCCCCAUCAUUGAUUUCGGCGCAACACCUCCUUGGACCUUUACACCUAAAUCUCGCGUAGAGUUGCGCGUUGAGCUCGCCGAGGCGCCGCUUCUCGAUCAUGGCCUCCAAUCGAGAGGAGCGGCUGCAAAUGCGGCAGCGCGGCGCUGGGACACGCAAGAUCAAGGAAGUGAAUUUCGGCUUCUCUUUUGGUCUCGCUCCCCCGCCUGAAGAGCCGCCACAAGCCGCGUCGCAACCUGCCGAUGUUGACAUUUCCAUCGAACCCCGCGCCGCACCACCGCCACAUUCAACUUCGGAGAAUACGCAACCGUCUUUGUUAUCGCCAGAAAAGCAGUUUCCAUCAUCACAAGAUACUGGGCAGCUCCGAACUCCAGGCGGGGCGCGUAAUUCACUCCCCGAGCGACCCUCAACAUUCGACAUACCGGAAGAUGAUGCGUUGGACCUUGGGCGAAGCGGCAAGCGAAGGAAGAUUGAGCCCCCUGGCCAGAGCCCGAGAGUAUCCGUCGAGCCAGAAGUCACGCAACAGGAAAAACGACACUCGCCGGCUCUCCAAAAUGGCGUCCAGACAAGCGCGCCUGUGCCUAGCGAGCCUACGGAACCACGCGACGGACCCUUGACUAUGCAAAAUACUACAGAUGUAGCCCAGACGGAGCAGACACGCAAAGAAACGCCUGAUCCAACCACCGCGAUGGUGUCGGACAACCCAGCACCUGAGGCGGCCAUGCUGGAGGAGGAUGAACAUCCAGAUCAAAACGGCGUGAAUCAGAAGCCCACGGAGCCCCAUAAAGAAUCGUCCGGGGCUGAUGGAACGCCGGAACUCGAAGACACCACGAAUGGCAAGCGUAAACGACGAGGGUCUCGUGCCCGCCAGCGACGGUCCCAGAGUAUUGAGCGGCCGGAGACGGAGGCUGAGAGCACACAGCAUCCAGCGCCACAGGAACCAUCAUUGGCGACGAAUCUUGAUAAAUCCAUGGAAGCGGACUCUCUCAAAUCACAGUCUGGGAAACGGUCCAGAGGCCGGCCGCGAUCAUCAACACAAUCAUCACCAGCAAUAGAUGAAGGGGGCGCGCAGAAUGAUGUUGCCUCGACAAAAAGCGUGCCGGGCGGUAGCAUGCCGACUCAGCAACAGACAACGAAAAGGCCUCGGGGUAGAAAAGCAAAAGAGCCGACGGCGGAUUCUGUUGCCAGUGAAACACAAAAUAGCCAGCCUCUGGACGAGGGUAAUGUGCCGGAGGCAGAUGAUACGGCUACAUCUGAAGGGGCCCGCCAGUCGCGUCAAAAGUCAAAGGCGACGAACGACAUACAAAAGCAAGUUGGAUAUCCCGGCAAGAAAGCUAUUGAGCUGCCGGAAAGUGUGGAGGCCCUAGGACCAGCCGGUGAAAAUAGAAAGCAGAGAAGAAGAUUGGCGUCUGAGCCUGAGCCUGAACCGGAUGUUGAAUCAGAAGGUCCAAAGGAGCCCACACUGGCUGGCGAAAAGAGGAAACGAGGAAGAAUGUCAAAAGAGGAGCCCGAGCCCGAGCCCGAGCCCGAGCCACAGCUCCAGAGUGAGCCCCAGAACGAGCCCGAGGUCUCGAGAGAACCCAAGCUAGCUGCCGAAAGGAGGAAACGGAGAAAGAGGUUAGAUCAGGAGUCCCAGCCAGAACCAGAGGUGGAGCCCGAGCCUGAAGUUUCAAGAGAGCCUAAACCGGCUUUCGAGAAGAGAAAACGAGGAAGAAGGGCGAGAGGGGAGCGAGAGCUGGAACCAGAAUCUGAGCGCCAACGCGAAGUCCCCGAAGAGCCUGAACCAGCUACUGAGAAGGGGGAAAGGAGCAGAAGGUCAGAUCAGGGCCCGGAGCCAGAACCGGAACCGGAACGGGAGUCUCAGGCUGAGCCUGACCCCGUGUCUUCAAAGGAGCCAAAACCAGCUGGCGAAAAGAGGAAGCGAGGAAGAAGGCCAAAAGAGGAGCGAGUGCCGGAGCCAGAACCUGAGCGCCAGCCCGAAGCCCUUGAAAAGCCAGAACCAGAACCAGCUUCAGCUCCCAAACGUGGUCGCGGCCGACCGUCACUAUCCCAUAAGGGUCCUGAAGUCACCCACCGUGAGGAAGACCUUGCGGCUCAGAACGAAAAUGAGGAGGAGGCUUCUCGCACCACUAGAAGAAAGCCCAGACAGCCUCGUGGAGAGACGGUUCCUGUAACAGUCCAUCGUAUUGCUAACGUCGCUUCGCUUGGAGGCCAUGUUCAACCUUCCGAGCUAUCCGACGACGAGGAGGAAGAAUCUGCCGAUGAGCUCGCGACGAGACAGAAAACCAAACUCCCUAGUAGGGGAGGCGUAAAUGUCGCCGAUGUUCUUAGCCAAAUCUGCCGAGAAACACUGGAGAAGACGCUUACAACACUCAAAAAUGGAAUCUCCAACGAGGGAAAUGCAGCACGGCGCUCAGAGUGGACUACCAAGAAAAAAGCUGUGGAAGCAUUCGGCACCGAGCUCGAAGGACGCCUUUUCGAACUGAGCGAAAUGCUCGACAGUAACUUCAUACUAGGGGUCAAACUGAAAAAGGCCAAGCGGGAAAUGAUGGAUAUGCGCGGCCGGCUGUAUCAACUACGAAAAGAAAGGGAGAGAGUGGCAUUGCAGAUGGAUGCAGUCCGAAGGAAGCACUCGGAGGAGGAAAAUGCAAGCCAGGCGCGCACCAACAUCAACAAUUCUCUACACAGCCUAGAUCUAGCCCUCGAACGCAGCCAGAACCGGCCUGCAGGCGAGUCGGACGACUCGUCUUCGUCCGAACUAUCCUUGACCGUUGGACUAGAAUUCAUGCUCCGUAGUGUUGCGGACAACGUGAGCUCCCACGCCCCUGGAGCCCAAGGGGGACUCUUGAACCAGAUCAAGGUAUUUAAUGCGCAGCUUGAGGCCGCCGCACGAACACUUGAGAGUUGAUUUCUGAAUUUUUUGUUCUCUCUUCGAUUUCCGUUCUCAAAUACCCCACAGCAUUGCAAUAGUUUCGUCUUUGUGUGAUGAAUAUGUAUGACGGCGAUGGCAGUAUACCAUGGGUUCAAUGGCUUUAUUUUUUCUUUUUUAAUUUUCUUUCUGGAUACCUCGUUCUCUCACUCUUUGCUUUUCUUCUACCAGGGGGGGGAAGAACGUCGAACCAAAAUAGCAUUCAAGGUGUUCCGGUGGAUUACGGGCGAUGGACUCUUCUUAGAAUAAGGACUGCCUUGUGGAUGGAAAUAUAAUGCGAUGGCGUACAUAUAUCCAGUCUGAUGCUUUGCCUCGUCCAAGUGUACAAUGGGAUGUCACUAUUGUUCUUUUCCUAUCAUAGCCUGGUUGAAACCAAUUCAGAUUCGAUGUUUAUAGGAUCGACAAGUCGUGAUAAGAAUAAACCCGGGGUAAACAUGACAGUCGUGGUUGAGAUAGUCUCGAGGGAGCGACCGCUUUAUUGACAGGGAUAAGGUGCACUAACGCAAGUAUAUGCAGAAAUGUACGUCAUAAAAUCUCCGUCUACCUACAGAGUAUGUACUAGGAGUUGAUGCAUCUUCUACUCCAUCCAUAGUAUACAAGUUUGAUCGAUAAUGGAUUCAGAUUACUAAUGACACGGAAGUAAAAAGUCGAACAUCGGAUAUAAAGGGCGCCGCAUGAUUAAGUUUUCCGCUUAUGUGAGCCAAU